CGUGUCUGCGGCCGAGGGGAGGCGCCUGAGCCGGAGCGGGCUCUCCACCGGUCUGGCCCGGUCCUCAUACAGGUUUCUGACAGCGGCUCCCGGGAGCGGCCCCGGCUGCCGGAUGCUUCCGCCCGGACUGCGGCGGGCCGGGCUGGACGCUUAGUGCCCGGCUCGAGCCCUGCCUGAGGCUCCCGCGGGGGUGGCAGCGGCCUCCGCCCCGCGGAGACCGAGCGGCUGGAGGACGAGGCGGCGGUCGUGGGGAGGAGGAUGGGGGCUAACCAGUUAGUGGUGCUCAACGUCUACGACAUGUACUGGAUGAAUGAAUACACCUCAUCUAUCGGAAUUGGAGUUUUUCAUUCUGGAAUUGAAGUAUAUGGCAGAGAAUUCGCUUAUGGUGGCCAUCCUUAUCCUUUUUCUGGAAUAUUUGAAAUUUCCCCAGGAAAUGCUGCUGAGCUAGGAGAAACAUUUAAAUUUAAAGAAGCCGUUGUUCUAGGGAGUACGGACUUUCUGGAAGAUGACAUAGAGAAGAUUGUGGAAGAGCUGGGGAAAGAGUACAAAGGCAACGCCUACCAUCUGAUGCACAAGAACUGCAAUCACUUCUCCUCCGCGCUGUCAGAGAUUCUCUGUGGGAAAGAGAUUCCUCGCUGGAUCAACCGGCUGGCCUACUUCAGCUCCUGUAUACCCUUUCUACAGAGUUGCCUCCCAAAGGAGUGGCUCACUCCUGCAGCACUGCAGUCUAGUGUCAGCCAAGAACUCCAGGAUGAACUGGAAGAAGCAGAGGAUGCAGCCGCAUCCACUGCCAUGGCAAGUGCUGCAGCUGGAACCAGAACUGGGCGUCACACUAAACUAUAAUUAUGAUCUCUGCCGUCUGCCUUCAGAACCGUCUCUGGCAGUUGAGUGUCACUAGAGAAAAAGAAAAUAGAGUAAAUGUCCUUUGGAUAUUUUGUAUGCAAAGAUGGCUCUUCCCCAAAUCCCAGUUUUUCAGCUCAGGAUUAUAUUUGUAAUCAAAAACAAAAAAGAAAAAAAAAUCACUCGGCACAGGAGGGAGAACUUCAUACGAAGCUGCCCUCUUCUCUUUUCUUUUUAACCCACUUGUAAAUUUGGAUUCACUUCCUCUGUUUUAUACGAGCUCUGUUAAAUUACGUUUACAGUAUUUUGUACCACUGUUUACAAAUCUUGCAUGGACUUCUGCCACCGUGAAGGAAGAGUAUCCUCCUCUUCAGACGUGAGGCAGACCAUCUCUGUACACUUCCUGACAGCUGCAGAGCCAUGGCCUAAUAGUGGGCACUAGAGAAGGCUCUCACGACUGCAGGUCUCGUCACCCGCUCACAGGCUGUCCCUUAGAGUCCCAUUUGGCACCCAGACACAGGAGUGCCAGCUGGCCUCUCGUGAAGGAGAACACAUGGCCAGAGGGCUCCUCAGGCCCCGGGUCAGCUCCUCUCCACACCUCCUUCCUGUUCCGAGCAGCACAUUCCCCAAGGUGCCCAUGGAGCAACUGGUAUUCAUCCCAAACACACCUGCUCAGCAGGGGGGGUGUCAUGUCUGCCGGCUAGAUGCCUCUGACCCUUUAAUGAAGAUGUGUUCAUGGAAGACACUCUUAUAACCGAUGAGUGGUUUGCACAUGUCUUACAGAGGGGCCUCAUUUUUACUUUAGUACAUUCUAAACUCCUCCCUGUACAGGAUAUUUUUGGUGGGGUGGGAGUAUCCUAACCUAGCUUCCUGAGCAGCAGUCCAAACUGACAUUAAACUGCUUUUUAACUAGACAGACUACCUUUUAUACUGGACAUUGAAAACUAGAAUCUGAAACACACCUAACAUUUAAUACUUGUGUACACCGUAUCAGAAAUGGCUUGUUGGAGUUUUAGUUCAUGGGGGAGUGGUUGCACCUCAUAAUAGAGAUUCUAUUUUCAUUGAUAUCUUGUUAAAAAUCAUAUUUUUGUGUCUUAAAUUCAUCUUUUUAUGUUCUCAAUGUACGUCUCUUACAUAACAUACCCUUAGGAGGAAGUUGUGCUACAGAUAAGUCUUUAGCAAGGAAGUCAUCUGUUAGAGUCCAACCCCCAGUGAGCCUUGGAUGUAGAACCAAUCAUUACGUCACAAUCAAUGUUCUGCCUUAAGAGUGAGUGUCCUGUGCAAGUGGAUGCAACAUGGGAACAUCCCAGGUACUGACUGCAGCUUCAGAUGCGCAGCCAGCGUGGGAGCCACAGUCUGUGUGAGGACGAUCCAUGUCUUUGAGUAAAUGACAUCUUUAACUUUGCCACGAGCUGAUUUUGAUUGAUACUUAUUAACGUAAGCACACUCUCUUUAUAGGGAAAGUAAACCUUGGGUUCUUUGA